UAAUAUCUACAUGAACACACACUCACCUCACAAAUCGUUUGCAAAACUUUGUUCGCAAUUAAUUAGAAAUUUUUUUAAAUUAAAUUAAAUUUUGUAACUGGAUAACAUUAACUGAAUGUAUCGCAUUUAAAACGUAAAAUUAUUCUAUUUAUUCGUAUUUUUUAAUUCUUAUUAUAUUCACAGGAAUUUUUUCAGUCGUUUCGUGCAGAAGAGAAGAAAUUGAUUGAAAAUCGUAACAAAGUGUUGCCAUAUUGUCAAUACAACUUGAAGUAUGUGAUAAGAUAGUUGUUUUUUAUGGCUGCGACUAAAACUUAUUGCGUGGAAAAUCCUUUCGCCGACUUUUAAUAGGUCAACUUUGAUUUUAAAGUUUCCCAUCAGCUGAUUUUUGUUUACAUCGUGUUAGAAUUUAAUUUUCACAAUUGUUUUGCUGCAAAAUGCUUCGAGCCAAAUUGCUAUAUUUAUGUAAGCGAUCAUUUGCUACGCAUUUGACACCAAAACAACAGGAACUUAUGGCGCGUGGUCUACCUAAAAAAGCGCCACUGCCAGGUGUUACGAAUAUAGUGAUUGUAGCUUCUGGAAAAGGUGGUGUAGGCAAAUCCACUGUAGCUGUCAAUCUGGCUGUUAGUCUUGCAAAUAUGGGUAAACAUGUAGGAUUAUUGGAUGCAGACAUAUUUGGACCAUCUGUGCCUCUAAUGAUGAACAUACAUGAAGAACCUUUAGUUGAUGAAAAUAAUAUGAUGAUACCACCAAUUAACUACGGUGUUAAAUGUCUAUCAAUGGGCCUGCUUGCCAAACAAUCGGAGGCAAUAAUAUGGCGUGGUCCUCUCGUAAUGUCUGCAGUGCAACGACUUUUAAAAGGCGCAGUUUGGUCUCCACUUGAUAUACUUAUUGUGGAUACACCACCCGGCACAGGUGAUGUACACCUUUCACUUGCUCAAAAUGUGCCAAUAGCCGGCGUGUUAUUAGUUAGUACACCACAAAGAGCAGCGUUAGAAGUGACACUGCGUGGUGCACAAAUGUAUCGCAAAUUGAGCGUACCGAUUAUAGGCUUGACUGAAAACAUGGGUCAUACCAUUUGUGGCAAUUGUCAGACGCGAAUGGAAAUUUUCCAGAAUGCAACCGAUUAUUUUACUAAACAAAUUGGAACAAAUGUUUUGGCAUCCAUUCCAUUAGAUGGAAAUAUUACAGAAUGUUGUGAUAAUGGUGUACCUUCUGUAAUUAAAUAUCCAGAGACAGAGUAUGCAAAAAGUUACCAAAAAUUAGCAGAAUCUCUUGUGCAGGCGCUGCAGAAGAGCGCAACCGGGGAGCAGGAAAAUAAAUAAUAUUUUUAUGUUUUAAUUUAUUAACACAAUUUUAUUUAAGAAAAGAAAUUAAGACUUAU